UCCGGGUGACGCACCCGGUUACGUGUACUGCUCACACCGCCCCGGAGCCGUCCUCCCCGCCGCCUGUGACGAGGCCCGUUACGUAGAGAGCUCGCGGCACGGCCCACCGCCACUGACUGAUAGGAAAAUUUCUACUGAUCUGUCUUCUGAUGCUAAUAAAAAUGGAGGAAGACGGGACUCAGUCUACAGAAUCUACAGUGAUGACGCCAGCAUCAAUUUACCAAACAAGCACAGGACAAUACAUUGCCAUAUCUUCUGGAGGAGCAAUUCAGAUUGCUAGUUCUGGAUCAAACAAAGCACAGGGAUUACAGACGUUAACAUUUGGCAACUCAGGAACUCCGCAGCCCGGAGCUACGAUCGUCCAAUAUGCAACACAAUCAGCUGAUGGGACCCAGCAAUAUCUCAUACCAGGCAGUCAAGUUGUUGUUCAAGCUGCCACUGGAGAUAUGCCAGCAUACCAGAUUCGAACCCCAUCCUCUUCUAUGCCCCAAGGUGUCGUAGUGGCAACAACUACUGCUAACCUCCAUGGUUCUCAGCAUGGGGCAGAAGAAGCAACACGAAAGAGAGAGCUAAGGCUAAUGAAGAACAGGGAAGCUGCUCGGGAAUGCCGUAAAAAGAAGAAGGAAUACGUGAAAUGUCUUGAAAAUCGUGUGGCGGUACUUGAAAACCAAAACAAAACUCUGAUUGAGGAACUGAAGGCCCUAAAAAAUCUCUAUUGUCAUAAAACAGAGUAACUGACUGACAUUUUAAGCUUUGGCAUCUGUUAGAGGCACAAGAGUAAGCAAUUGCCAUGUGGACCCUAAAUGGACUGUGACCCUUGGAAUAUUGAAACUAUGCUUUGGUCUACAAGCGAAUGAGGAGUGGUUUUUUUUGUGUGUGACUCAGUCAUUGUUUAUUGAUUUUUUUAGAUUUUUUUAAUUUCAUUUUUUGUCUCUUGUAUGUGUACUCAACC